AGUGGCACGCUAUGUUCUUGUUGGCAAAGACUGCCGACGCCGUCAACCAGUCAACCGCUUGCCAUAAACUCUUCCGGGCCAGGUCUUCAGCAUGGCCCAGGAAUGAAAGGAUUUAGUGAGUCGUGAACACCAACAGCGUCCUCUUGAUCUGGAUGAUUGACAGGCACAGCCCGUCCCUUGCUCUCUCAGCAUAUCCGUGUACACAUGUAGGGAGCUUGGCUGUCAGACUCAGCGCACAGCACAGUCGAGGGGACGAUUCCCCUGGUCCGGUGAUUUCAUUGACUCGGUAGCGGCGCAGCGAGGAAGGUUUCUUGAAGCUGCAUCUACAACAUUGUAGUGUUCCCACCUUGGAGCGCAGCUGCUCAUGCCGAAUUUAGUUGCAUGGCCCGGAUCGAGGUCGAGAACAGUCUAGCAACAUCGACGUUGCGGAACUCGGAGAGGAUAAAUGAACAUUCUUCAGAGGUUUUAGCUGAUCGCAUUGCGGCUAUCUGUUUGAAAAAGACCUUCCGGAAACGUGAGAACCAACUAACUUCUCCCUUUUGAAAGCCGGGUCAUGGCGUUGAGACCUGAUGGCGGAUUGCCUCGUUACAAAAUUGUUCUUGUUGGUGAGGAGGGCGUAGGGAAAAGCAGCCUCUGGUAUCGCUUCAAGACCGGUCGCUGUCCCGGCGACACGCUGAGCACAGUGGGAAUCGAUACGGCACACCAGGUGCGAGGCGUAAAGGGUCGGCCUGGAGGCGGCGGCCCGCACCAUUCCGACCAGACUGCCCUUGUCGACGAGGAAGUGGAGCUGCAGCUCUGGGACACGGGCGGCAGCGAGGUGCACUACGGCGGAAUGACUAAAAACUACUACCGAGGCGCGCACGCCAUUUUGUUCGUUUUCGCUGCGGACUGCAGCGAGUCACUGCAGAAUCUGAACAUUUGGCUACGCGAAGUAGCUAGCUAUGGAGACAAGCCACAAAUGUUCUUCGCGUGCAACAAAGUGGACCUACCUGAAGAGAAGCAGACCGUGAACUCCUCAAUGAUACAGAACUUCUUCGUGACACAUUGCGCAGACCACCAACAAUUGAAUCACAGUGCUAUGCACCAGCGGAUGUUCUACGCGUCGGCGAAGGAUCCAUGCAACGACGGCUUGGAGAAUGCGAUGCAGUGCAUUGCGGAAAUGCUGCACAGCGGGGGAAAGCUGGCGGCCGCUAGCAACGAUUCUCUGGCCGAGAUGGACAAGAGUAAACCACAGUGGAACUGCUUUCCAUGUGGACGAUGACGCAGCCUGCAUGCUCAAUAUCCGGUUCAGAUUCUACAAGCACGGCACAUCAUCUCAACAGUACCUUUGCUAGCUAAGCAGCUGUACAGACCAUCAUACGGCAAUAACACACUGGCAUGAACUCUAAGCGAUGUGCUUCCAGGAGCGUCAUCCGCAAGAGGCAUGCGCUCCAGAUUUCUUUCUUUAUCACCGCUGUGACGACUGUCGGCUUUCCGCUUGCGGCCACGUAUAGUACGGCGGAGAGCUAGAGGCACAGCAGCUACAUGUAGCGCGAAACUCAGACUUCAACGGGUCAAUACCGCCUGUUAAUGCACGGAUGCCAGGAGGUUUUCUGCUUGUCCCGGCUGACUAACCAGACGGCCAUCUCCCUUCCCGGUUUACAACUCCUUCGAACGCUUCGAACUUCAAUAGUAAGCAAAAUCUUGUUUGUACCCGCUGACAAUGGCCAAGUGCCAAAGCGUAACAUAACAGAGCUGGUUCGGAUUCGCGGUGUCAUUUGGAAUGGGUGUGUCCACCUGCGCAGUGACCCAUAUUUUACUUCGAUGAAUCUGCAUAGGGUCUCAAAAUUUCUCCAAACUAUUAUCACACUGAAGAUAUCAUACUGCAUAUAGUGGAAUAUUUGAGACUCAAUGUAAGAUUGUAGCCGUGCACUAGUUGCAGUUAUGAUCUAUAGCCCGACACUCAGUGCUGAGCAGAUAACAGAAUUAUCGAGAUGUACUAUAAUUUCUAUAAAGUCUAUAAUCUCUAUUAGUAUUACUGAGUUUCCGCCUUGCAGUAUAGCCUUAUUAGGCAUAUCAUAGUUAUGACCAACUCAACAUUGCGAUGAAAUGAAUCUACUGACUAUUCAA